AUCUCACCACAUUCCCUGUGAAGAGUGAGGAUGAUGAGGAGGAAGCUCCGCCCUCACAGCUUCAUCAGAGCCAAACUGAGGAGAGCAGAGAGGAGCUCUGGACCAAUCAGGAGGCAGAGCAGCCGGGUGGAGACGAGGAGUGGGCCGAGCCAAACCUGCAGGAGGCGCCGUCUGUCCCCGGGACGUCAGCAGAGGCCAGUGAACAGGAAGCGGCUGCCGCCGGCCGCCUCCCCUCCCUGGAGGCUGAGGGCCGGUAUCAGUGUUGGAAGCAGAGCGCAGAACCUCGGUCGGGUUUCUCUGCUCUGAAUUACAAUGAAGUCCAGGCGAGUCUGAUGAGCUCACGGAGCUUCAGCUGCUCGUUUUGUGGCAAAACGUUCGGCCGUAAGGGAACUCUGCGGAGACACAUGAUCAACCACACGGGGGAGAAACCGUUCAGCUGCUCGGUGUGUGGGAAACGAUUUCGUCUGAAGGAGCAGGUGCAGGCACACAUGAGCCAGCACACGGGGGAGAAACCGUUCAGCUGCUCGGUUUGUGGCAAAGGGUUCAGCUACAGGGGCAGCUGGCACACACACAUGAGGUGCCACACGGGACUGAAGCCGUUCAGCUGCUUGUUCUGCGGGAAAAGUUUUAGUUUAAAGGGAAGCCUGAAAAUCCACACCAGAAUCCACACAGGGGAGAAGCCGUACAGCUGUAGCACUUGUGGGAAAAGGUUCAUGCGUUAUUCAAAUGCCAAAAAGCACGUGUGUGUGAGCGAGCCUCCAGCCGGCAGCUCAGCUGAACAGAUGGAAGAGGAACCAGCCAGGAAGUCAGAUCCAGCUGCCGACGAGCCGCCGCUCUCCUCACACUCGUCUCAAGACGGUGACGAGGACUGGCCGCAGAGCAGAGGAGCUCAGUCGGGUUCAGACUCGCUGAGAGACGCUGAUGGAGCUGGAGGUCAGAUGAAGGCUGGCAGGGAGAAAGAGUUCAGCUGCACGGUGUGCGGGAAAACAUUCAGCCGCAAGGGAAACAUGCAGACACACAUGAUCAGCCACACGGGGGAGAAACCGUUCAGCUGCUCGCUGUGCGGGAAGAGAUUCACUUUGAAGGGGAAUCUGAAAACACACAUGAGACUCCACACAGGAGAGAAACUCUUUCAUUGCUCUGUUUGUGGCAAAACAUUCAGCUGGCAGUCCCAGAUCAAAACCCACAAGUGUGUUGGUCAGAGCAGCAGUUCAGUCAGAGCGAACACCCACAAAUAAAUCAGCCUCUGAGCACCGGCUCCAAACCUCCUGGUCCCAGAGAGGAAGGCUGCACUCUCUGCAAAUACAGAAUAUUACACCCAUCAGCCAUAACAUUAUGGACACCGAGCUGAUAUUGUGCAGGUCCCCCUUUUGCCACCAAGACAGGCCUGACCCGACGAGGCGUGGCCUCCACCAGACCUCUGAAGGUGAGCUGUGGUCCUGGGACCAGGAUGUGUCCUCAGCAGUUUGAGCUCCAGCAGCUCCUCAGUUGGAUCGGACCACACGGGCCAGCCUUCGCUGUCCACGAGCAUCGGUGAGCCUCGGCGCCCGUGAGCCUCGGCGCCCGUGAGCCUCGGUGCCCGUGAGCCUCGGCGCCCGUGAGCCUCGGCGCCCGUGAGCCUGUUGCAGGUUCUUUGUGGGUCCUGGGCCCUGCGGGGUGGGAACAGCCCACAGGUUCUGACCCGCUCGUCCAGCUGGCGCUCGGCCCUCGCCAGAGUCACUCCCGUUCUUACGCUCGCCUCUUUUUCCUGCGUUCACACGUCAACUUCCAGGACAAAAUGCUCACCUGCUGCCUGACAGACCCCGCCCACUGAUGGCUGCCAUGGCAACCAGAUGAUCAGUGUUAAUCUGUCAACCUGUCGGUGGCCAUGAUGUCACAGCUGAUCGGUGUAUUUGUUUCUGUCCAGCAGCCACCAAAUAAAAUUCAUCACAAAGUUAAACAGACUCAGGUCACAUGAUCAACUCGCCCCUUCAUCAGGUCGAUGAUGUCAUAUGAAGUCGACACAUGACCAAUAAAAAGAGUAUUUGGACCCACACGCUACAACCUUUUAAAGACGCUGAAAAAGACUCGGGGUCUUUUCAGUUCGUGCUCUUCUCAAACUGGAAAGGUCUGCAAAAGCAUUUCCAAAAAACAAACAAACAAAAAAAGAUUUGACGCAUUAAAAUUUGCUGUUUUUUUUUUUUUUUUUUUUUUUUUUAAAGAUGCUAUAAAAAGCACGAGGUCUUUUCUUAGUUUUGUUUUUAAACUUUGUGAUGAAUCUGACUUGUUUUGAAGGCAGGGAAGCAGCAGCAUGCUGGUGCUGAUGUGACUAAAUAAUUAGAAUAAAAUGAGAAUAAUAAUGUGUUGCUCUGGUUGAUGAGGAGCUGGUUUGUUCAGCAGAGACUCAGCAGGUUAAACGGGACCCUGUAGAGUCAGUCUAUAAUGGAUAAUUCUACACUGCUGUAGUUUGUGUGAGUGUGUGUUGUGGUCUGUGUGGAGGAGGCGGAGCUUCCCUCUGGCCUGCUGGUUCACGUCGUCCUGAGCGCGUUUCCUCUGAAGCUCCUGGUUUACAGCUUUACCGGAGAAAUGCUGUUUUAUUCUGAUGUUUUAUUUUACUGUGUUUUCUUGUGCUGCUGCCACAGAACUUGAAUGAACUAGAUCAGUCAUGCGCUCAUAUUGACGCUUCAUUUGAUUCAUGAUGAAAGUUGAGUUUUAUUUUGGAGGGAUGCAGAUGUUCAGGAAUUUAAACUGGUAAGAAAAGAAAAGCUGCUUUACUGGGUUUAGAAAAGAUUUUUGUUCUGUUCAGCCGAGAAAAACCAAUAAACACCCCGACCAAACAUU